AGCACAUCCUUAGCCCCUUCUUCUCAUAGCUAUCCAAAACCUUGUGAUAUUCCCAGCAUCAUGGCUUCCAACACUAGCCUCUUCACCAUGAGCCUUCUCAUUGCUCUCAUGUUGCUGAGCUUCAACACCAGGAGCCAUGCAGCUCGCCAUCUUUUGGACACCGCUGCGCCAGAGUCUCCACCUGCGGCCCCGGCCAUCCCAACCCUGCCCAAGCCGGCAUUGCCACCGAUGCCGGUUGUGCCGACUAUUCCAAAGGUUACGGUGCCUCCGAUGCCGGCGAUACCGACUAUUCCACAGGUUACGAUGCCUCCGAUGCCGGCGAUACCGACAAUUCCAAAGGUUGCAGUGCCACCAUUGCCCGUGGUGCCGACUGUGCCAAAGGUUACAAUCCCACCCUUGCCGACCAUGCCUGCUGUCCCUAAGGUCACACUGCCUCCCAUCUCUUCCAUCCCAACCAUCCCUUCCAUUCCAAAUAUCCCCGGUAUUCCCUUCCUUACACCACCUCCGGCUACCACUAGCCCAUGAUGGGCAUGAGGAUCGGAUUCGUCGUCCAGUUUGAUGCGUCGUAUGUCAGAUUGUAUUGGAGUAGGACUAGAGGCCAUUUUAGAGCAAUAUAAUGGGACUUCUGGAGUCAUUAUAUUGUUGUAGAGUAUAUGUUCGUGGGUCUCUCGAGUGAUUUUAUGUACUUCCAUUGUAUGUCAUCGUGUAUGUUACCUUGUCAUUCAUGAAUUCACAUAUUCCCGUCAUUAUAUUUAUAUACGUGGAGUUAU